AUGAAAGGCUCUUUUGGUUUGGCCGUUGCAGCUUUGUUAAGCAUCGCUAUAGCGAAGUGCCACUCUUCGUUUAUUCCUGAAUGGCACCCCCCUACGGCUAGUGACUUCAGAGGACCUUGCCCUAUGAUGAACACCUUGGCGAAUCACGGGUUUCUUCCUCGGGACGGGAGAAAUAUUACGAGAGAUGCAGUCGUUCACGCCAUGUCGGCAGCACUUAACUUCGAUGAAGCUCUCGCCGACGUCAUGUUCGAGCAAGCUAUCGUAGCGAAUCCUGAGCAAAAUGCCACUUUCUUUACUCUGGAUCAUCUCAACCGACACAACGUCUUGGAACACGAUGCAAGCUUAAGCCGGAGUGAUGCUUUUUUCGGUAAUAACCACAUCUUCAACCAGACUGUUUUCAACUCGACCUUGACAUACUGGACUGGUCCGGUUCUCAAUGCCAACAUGCUGGCAAAUAGCAAGUUAGCCCGACAAGUUGACUCCAGAGCUUUUAAUCCUACAUACACCUUUACUGCGAAAACCGAAGACUUCAGUCUAGGGGAGGUCGCCGCACCGGUAAUAGCAUUUGGGAAUAUCCAAGACGCAACAGUGCGCAGAGAUUUAGUCGAGUACUUCUUUGCUUAUUAA